GCCUACCCAGAGACUGGGAGGAACCUGGAAAAUCCUCACGUGAGGGGAAGCGCAGGCGAGUAGGCUGGCCAAGGAGCAGGGCCUGCACCCGUGGUCUCAUAGAGCCUGGCCUGUUCUGGAAGAGCACCCAGUUGUUCCUUCUAGGCUGCCCAAGCCCCAUUGAUGAUGGCUGAGAGGGAGGAGGAUGAUGACACUGAGGAAGCCUGGCUGCAGCUGCGGCCCACGGAACCCUUGCCCUCCCAGUGCUGCGGCAGUGGCCGCUCGCCCUGUGUGUUUGACCUCUAUCACCGAGACCUGGCAAGGUGGGAGGCAGCCCGAGCCAGCAAGGACAGGAGCCUGCUGCGUGGGCCAGAGUCACAGAGGGAUAGUAGAUGACUUAGAAAUUCAGAGAGCCUAUACGCCCAUCAGCCCUGCCAACGCAGAAGGAUACUUUGAAGUGUUAAUUAAGUGCUACCAGAUGGGGCUGAUGUCCCGGUAUGUUGAGUCCUGGAGAGUAGGAGACACAGCUUUCUGGCGAAGACCUUUCGGAGAUUUCUUCCAUAAACCAAACCAGUAUGGUGAGCUCCUCAUGCUGGCUGCGGGCACGGGCCUGGCCCCCAUGGUGCCCAUCCUGCAGAGCAUCAUAGACAAUGAGAAGGACGAGACUUUUGUCACUCUGGUCGGUUGCUUCAAGACCUUUGAGAGCAUCUACCUGAAAACCUUCCUCCAAGAGCAGGCCCGUUUCUGGAAUGUCUGUACCUUCUUUAUACUCAGCCAGGAGAGCUCCUCAGAGCAGCUUCCCUGGAGUUACCAAGAGAAAACUCGCUUUGGCCACCUGGGCCAGGACCUAAUUAAAGAGCUGGUCAGCUGCUGUCGGAGAAAGCCAUUCGCACUGGUCUGUGGCUCGGCUGAGUUCACCAAAGACAUAGCCAGAUGCUUACUGUGCACAGGCCUCACUGAGAACUCCUAUUUCCUCUUCUAGCCCUGGCCUCCCUUCCAAAGCCUAGGCCAUGGGCCUGCUACUGGGACCCAGGAAGGAGCACAGACUGGAAUCAGAACACAUGGAGUCCAGGCCUGGUCCUGCUGCUCAUUUGCCAGGUGACCUUGGGCAAGUGUCUUUACUGCUCAGAACCUCUACUUCUCAUCUGCCCCAUGAGGUUAAUCACUCCUCCUGGCCUCCUACUAUGUGGAAGGAGGACGGGCUGUAGGGACCCCGAGGAGGUGAGCAACCAGCCUGAGAGUCAGGGAGGACUCCUCAGAGGAAGCCAAGUCCAGGCUGAGCCCCAGGAGGAGUAGGAGUUGGGCAGAGGAAAAGUUGGGAGGAGCUUCCCCGCCCCUCCGAUUAGAGGAUCUAAUGGGGGCUCCAGCUGUGGCCUUAGCACCAUCUCAGAUUAGGGGCUCCUGAGCGUGUAGGGAAGGACACAGGAGAGGCUUAGAGCUCUUUGGAGGAGGAUUCUGCCUUUCCUCCAGUGCCAUGAGCCUGACACACGAAGGUCUUGGGUUCAAUGACUUGACCAUGUCCGGAUAGCAAGGUGGGGCCCUCGACUGUCUUUGUAUUGGCCCCAAGCCUUUCUUGCUGUGAACAGCUUCAUUCUCAGUCCCCUUUCCUGGCUCAAAAAUCGAACCUAGCAAAAGAAGAGGCACGGGAAGGAAACGCCCCUCCCUCCUCCUGCAGGCAGCCACUCAGCCUGUGCCUUCAGCUCGGUGCCCUGGUGACUGUUGCUAUGGAUAUCUAAAGAUAGAGCAGGAGUCAGGAGACCUGGGUCCCUCUCCCAGCUUGUCCCACUGAGCGGCUGCCGAUCCCGGUCCACCUACCCCAGGAACCCGGC